AUGAGUGCAGACGGAAAGUGUGUGGUAUCUGAAUCGGAAGACAAGAGCGUGCGGAUGUGGGACGUGGAGACGGGAGCACAACUGGAGGAUGCAUUAACUAGACAUACGGGAAUGGUGAUCAGCUUUGCGAUGAAUGUGCCCAGAAGACGUGUGGUAUCUGGAUCCGGAGACGGGAACGUGCGGGUGUGGGACGUGGAGACGGGAGCACAAGUCGGGGACGAAUUGAAUAAUGGACAUACGGGUCCGAUGGCUAGCGUUAUGAUGAAUGCAGACGGACGGCGUGUUGUAUCUGCAUGCUCAGACAAGAUGGUGCGGGUGUGGGACAUGGAGAGAGGGAUCACAAUUCAUUUUUGCGUGAAAGAAGACUGGGAUGAUAUCACAAAUCGAUUUCUGAGUGCAACAGACUUGGAUACUAUUUCUCGCACAGGGCGAACACCCCAAAAAACUGCAAGAGGGAAACGAAUCUUGCAAUGGCGAGAGGAUGGGUCUGAGGCUGUGUUGGCCCAAACGGACGGUGAGAUGUGCCCCGAGGUUGCACAGAUAGACCACAAUCAUGGGGUUGUGGUCGCAGGGAUGGACAUGAUGCCUCGCGGCCCGGUUGACCUGCCCGUCAUGGGCGAGGUGGCGCUGAUGAGAAGUUUCGUUUGGAGUGUGGGUGGUUUGGAAUUAGCGAACUGGAGUAAGAGUAGAGUAGAGACACAGUAG